GACUUUAAUAGGUUAUAUCUUUGGUUUUUCACUGUCCUUCAUAAAUUUGGUAAAUUUACUCAACAAUUAACUUGGUAUUCCAUAUUUUUGCUUCCUGAUUGAUAUAAAGGCUUCAAUAUACUUGGAAGUGAACAAAACGCAAGAUCACUUGUAGUCGUCUAUUCGAUUGAUCAAAUGGGGGAAGUUGCAACUCAUAACGAUAAUGGCGAGAUGGUUAAAAGAGUGGUGGACAUGCGAUCUGAUACAGUCACCAAACCAACUGAAGCAAUGCGUGCAGCAAUGGCAAUUGCUGAGGUUGAUGACGAUGUAUUGGGUUAUGAUCCAACUGCUCUCCGCCUUGAAACAGAGAUGGCACGAAUCAUGGGCAAAGAGGCUGGGCUGUUUGUUCCAUCGGGAACUAUGGGAAAUCUCAUUUGUGUACUCGUGCACUGUGAUGUGCGAGGAAGUGAAGUCAUUCUUGGAGACAUAUCUCAUAUCCACAUAUAUGAGAAUGGUGGUAUUUCUACCCUCGGUGGGGUCCAUCCAAGAACGGUUAAGAACAACAUCGACGGGACUAUGGAUUUGGAUUUGAUUGAAGCUGCCAUCAGAGAUCCAAAAGGAGAGCUUUAUUAUCCCAGAACUAGACUUAUAUGCAUUGAAAACUCGCACGCUAACUCUGGUGGACGAUGCCUUUCUGUAGAUUACACAGAUAAAGUUGGAGAGUUGGCAAAGAAGCACGGCCUGAAGCUUCAUAUAGAUGGGGCCCGUAUCUUCAAUGCUGCUACAGCACUUGGGGUUCCUGUUGAUAGACUGGUUCAAGCAGCUGACUCAGUAUCGGUAUGCCUGUCGAAAGGUCUUGGAGCACCUGUGGGAACUGUGAUUGUGGGAUCAAAGAGCUUUAUAACUAAGGCAAAGAAUUUGAGGAAAACUUUAGGUGGUGGAAUGAGACAGAUUGGUAUCUUGUGUGCCGCCGCCUUGGUUGCACUACAAGACAAUGUAAGAAAACUUGAGGAUGACCAUAAGAACGCUAAGCUAUUAGCAGAUGGAUUGAACCAAAUUACAGGGCUAAAAGUUGAUAACAGUUCAGUUGAGACCAAUAUUAUCUACGUUCGAGUUUGUGAGAACUCAAACACUACAGCACCAAAAUUGUCCAAGAGCUUGGAGGAGAAUGGUAUAUUGGUCAUGCUAGAAAAUACAUUCAGAUUCAGGGUUGUAAUCCACCAUCAAAUAACAACAAGUGAUGUGCAACGUGCUUUGUCAUGCAUACAGCAAGCAGUAACUGGGGCAUCAAGUGAACAUGCUGAGAAGUGAUGAAAGGCAACGAACUGCACUUGAGUACUUACUAAUUAUCAUUAGUUGAUUGAUCUGUAGACUGUGAAUCUUAAUUCUAUUUGAUCAUUCAUCAAGUGCUACAAGUGUAACCAAAAUUAUGUGAACUAUACAUAAUUAUCCCGUUUUCUUAAUGGCAUAUCUACUACUAUCUUUUAGUGUGCUA